AUGGCGAGAUCCGGUCACAUUCCUUUGAAGCCUGAGCUUGACCUACGGCUCCGUGACGGUCCCAGCCCCGGCAGUAUCUGGCACCCAGAGCUUUGUUCCCGACCGUGCAUCUACUUUGCAAGCGGCAGCUGCAUUCAUGGUGAUGCGUGCCCCUUCUGCCACCUUCCUCACGAGAAGCGACCUCCUCACUUGGACAAGCGGAACAGGAAGGUUCUCAAAGCUAUCUCCGGCGCUGAGCUUUACCGAGUCAUCAUGCCGGAAAUUGCGCAGAAAGUUGCAGACCUCUCGAACUGGCUCCCCCAGCUCUGGGCGGCACUGUCCCCUCACCUAGCUGGAUUCCCAGAGUCCGGCCUGCCUGCAUCUCGGGUCGAUAGCCGAUUCCAGGCCGUGUUUCGGAACAUGACCAUCAGGCAGCUGCUGAACAUCUUGUUGCAGAAGCUGCAAGACGAAGGUCAGAGGACACCUGAAGGAGACAAACUCCAGGAGAUAACGAUGCUGAUGGAGCUGGAGCGCGCCGCGGCGCAAUAUGGCAUCACAUCCCUCUGA